UUUAAGGUUAGGAAGGUAGUGUGGAAUACGCGUUACGGAUAAAUUUGAUCCGAUUCUUUCUCUCUCCGGUAAUAUGCGUAUCGAAAGGAUCAAAGUCUUAUGAAUAUGGCAUUGAACAACAGGUGUUUUCGAUUCUUGAGAAAUUAUAAAAAGACGUACGUGAGGUGUUAUCCAAAAUUUUAUAGUCUUGACAAAUACUGUCUCGACAAGAGCGAUUGCAUUGAUUUCAACAAAUAUAACACGCAACACUUUGAUUUCCACAAUUCCGUGAUUUCUAACUGUCUUUCGUUAUCGUCUGACACGUUAGAAAAUAAAAUAGUAAAUUUGUGUAUAAAUCUUCGAAAUGGUAGGGUUUUCCUCAACGAUUUAGAGGAAAUUAUUCAAAUUUAUGAGAAAACGAGCAAUGCGCCAUCGAACAAUGUCGACUUGAUAUUGCUCAAAUGUUGCGGCGAAUCACUACCCAAUGUCGAUCUCCCAACGAGACGAAAGUUAACUAGUCGGGUAUGGAAUCUAUUACAUAGGAAAGGUUGUCAAAUAACGUUGAACCAUUAUAAUGCCCUUCUUGAAGUUUACGCACAAAAUUUGGAAUUUGUAAAUCCUCGUGAAUUUUUAGAUAACAUGACCUUAGAACCUGAUCAGAGCAUAUAUUGCUCUCUGUUGAACGUAAUGUCGAAAACAGAAGAUUCUGAAUUAACCGCCGAUAUGAUAGCGAAGAUGAAAGAGAACUUGGAUUCUUGGAGCAAAGAAACGUUCGAAACGAUUGUCAAAGUAAACGCCUUGCAAGGCAAUAUUGCGAAGGCAUACGAAGUGAUCGAAGAAAUGACAUUGUACGAAAUUGUGCCAUCUCCCGAGAUCUAUAAUUACUUGGCGUACGGUUAUGCAAAAACCGGCGAUAUUUCCAAUAUUAUAGAAAUAUUUGAAAAGUAUCAUCCCAGUAUCGUAAAUAUAAUCGAGGUCGUCAAAAUUCUCAACCGUCACGAGUACGGAGAGCACAUAGAGAGUAUUUUAAAGUUUCUACCCGUAUCGUUGAAACCGAAUGAGUUAUCCGUAAUUACUAAUGCGAUCAUUGAACUUAUAUACGCUGGUUACAGGAUGAACGCUCUCAAGAUAAUAAUUAAUCUUCCUGCGGUGCCAGAAGUUAUAGAUACAUGCGUGGAAUACGUCAAAUGCAUGGUAAACGAAGAGAUCCAACUGAAUAGAACUGACGAAGAUAUUUUACAAGCGAUACGCAAAAUCAUGGAUUGUAUAUAUUCUCCGUUUAUCAUAAACGAAGCUACCAAAGUUGCCUUGCAUGAAGGCAGGGAAUCUUUGGCGCUUGCAUUGUUCGAGGAUAUGAGAAAGAAUGACAUUCCGGUACGUUCUCAUUACUAUUGGCCUUUGCUAAUACUGGCGCACAAAAGCGCGAACAAGAACAAAAUUUAUUCUCUUAUCUCGCAUAUGAUAUCCUCGAGCGUAGAAAUAGAUAAAGAUACGCUUAUGGACUAUAUACUACCUUUCGUAGAUGUAACAGAUCCUGUCAAGAUAACGACAACACUGAUCGACAACGGGAUCUAUCAUCUCAACGUGAUAGAAAGCGUCAGUGCAUUUCUUUUGCGCGACAACAGAUUAAAGGAUCUACUGUUAUUGCAAUCUAAAUACAAAGUGAAAAUUAAUUUCUGUGAUUCUCACCUGGAAAAGUCUCUUGUCCAGGGAUAUGAGAAGGCAACCGACAAGUUGGCUUACGUACCAUUAAUGCUAAAAAUUCUCUAUACUAUGAAACCACCACAUUUGUAUAUUUUGAAUACGUUACUGAACGACGCAGCCAAAUUUAAAAAAUUGGAGCAGCUUAUUGAUUUUUUACGAAUAUUAAAAAAAUAUAAGGUAACAAUACCAAAGGCGGAGAUCGAUAUUAUGAAAAAACGUAUUGGUGACAUAAAGGCGGACGUAGCCGAGAACAAAACUAUUGAGGAUUUAUCGAAAGAGUUGAACGAUAAAAAAAUAGAUAUGACAAGCGAUCAGUUCGAUUUAGUGUUAUCGUUGGAUCCGCAUCCGAAAAAAAUGGACAUUGAGAAACUGCGUAAUCAUAUUACAGAACUCAAAUCUAAAAAUUUGAACAUUCGUGGUGCGGCAAAGAAAUUACUGAAUCAAUAUUGUAAAUAUAACGAUCUGAAGGCUGCCGAAAGUAUGAAGGAAGAAAUUAUUGCAAAUAAUUUCCAGUGGACACCAGGAAUGAGAGCGAUGUUAUUCGAUUUGUAUGUAAAAAAUAAUCUAUUGGAUAAAGCCGAAGCUGAGUUAAAUGAAAUUCGAAAUAAUUUUAGUUCAUUCGAAUUGGAUAGUAAUAAAAUAUUAUCUUACGUCAUCUCUUUGGUGGAAAACAACAGAUUGGAUGACGCAUUUAAUGCAAUAAGCGAUAUUAAAAAUAUUAAUAAUUCCGCAAAUGUUACCAACAAAUGUUUGCAGUUGUUGUAUGCGAUAACGAAAGGCGAACGUCAUGGGGAUGCCGAAAAAAUGUUAAUGAUUCUCGUUAAGAAUAAUUAUUGUACGUUGCGAAACGUUUUGCUCAAUCCGUUGCUCGAAAGACAUAUUUCGAGAAACGACAUAGUAUCCGCCGUGGAUACUUUUCUAUACUAUGGGAAUAAAUAUAAGCGAACACCGUUGCAACAAAGAUUAUUAGUAAUAUUGGUCGAGCAUAUAGACGACUCGUCGAUACCGGACCUUGAGGAUAAAUUAAAGAAGGUUUUAAACUGUAUAAAAGACGUUCACGGAAAGCCGGUGGCUGUGGUAAAGCUGAUCGUGGCAUUGGCGAAAGCCGGUAAAAUCGAACAAUUACGGAAAAUAUUUCAGAUGGAAAACGUGCACAUGAGACUGUUGUUUAACGAUCUUCUUUAUUACGCUCACAAAGACAGACUCGAUAUAUUGUUAACUAUAUUCGAGGCCGUGAAAUACCCGAGAAACGUAAAAAUAAAUCUUUUGUGCGAUUACAUUCUUUCGAUCUACGGUACGAUGAAAACAAUGAUUACGAAGGUGCUAGCGCGUUACUGAGGGAAAUGGAAAAGGCAUCGAUAACGCCGACCAAGAAGUUUAAAAGUAAGAUUUCGCGGCUAAAUAACGAAGAAAGGAGAAUGCAACAUUAAAAUGUAAUCAAACGCCAUUGAGUUCUAUCCGUACGAACGAACGGGAUAGGAAAAAUGGUAAGAACUUAACGGGUUCGUUAAUUCAAUAAAGAGUUUUAGAAUUUUC